GAUUCUUACUCAUAACCAGUUCAAUGGUUCACUUCCUCAAGAGCUGGGCAACCUCAAGCAGCUCUUCAGCUUAAACCUUGCGCAGAACCGCUUCAAUGGAAGCAUCCCGUCAUCUGUUGGUAACCUGGCUCUGGAGGGCUUGGAUAUCAGCGUCAACCAGCUCUCGGGUUCCAUUCCUGACUCCCUCAGCCGCUUGCAGGAGGUCACAUACAU